AAGUAUUGAGGAAAGGAGUUUAGAGACGGUCCCUUAAUAUUUCUGAUGAAAUCUCUCCCCCCGGUCGGCGGCUCAACUGUAUAGCUCUACGGACAACCUCAGAAGAAAGGAAGCAGUGAAUGUUAACAAGCUACUUUAAAAAUAUAUAUCUGAGACGUUAAUAAUACGUCGCAGUGGAUUUAGAAUUUGAUGACUGCUAGUCUAGUUAGUUAACGUUAAUUCCUCAUAGUGACAGCGAAACCAACGUCACAGCCGUCGAAAGGUUUUCCGGCUAACGCGGGGAAUCGUUUUUUUAAAAAUGGCUAAUUUUUCAGUGUUUCUCGUGGAAUCUUGCUGUAAAUCGACGGCCGCUUCAUCAUUUCUUUUGGCAUCUACUACUGGAAAGUUCACAGCCCGAAAGAAGUCUGUAAAUCUUCAGCAAAAUGCUAUCAGUCUGAAUCCCGCGGCCGCGGACAAUAUGGACGCCGAUGUGCACUGUGGUUUUACAUGGAGAGCUAACGUCAACCGGUGUGGUGUAGGAGAACACUAAGGAGAAGAUGGAUCUUUCAUUUUCUGAGAAAUAGAGGAUGCAUCACAAGUCACAUUUGGACAGUGUUUAAUCGUAUCAUUUAUUGUUAAUUUGCACCAAAUAUACUCGGAAGUAUCUACGAAAUUCGACUAACGUCAGCUAGUUCACGUUAGCUUAUAGGAAUAAGUUAGCUAACGUGCCAGCAAGAGCUAGCUCCGUUAUUUGAUAAAGUGCCCUAGGUAGCUAACGAUAGUGUGGUUGCAGUCGUGGUUCCAUUUAAAGUAACGUAAUUUAUGUCUUUUGACGAACAAUCGUAUUCUAGCCUGGCUAUAGCUAAUUUGGUAGCUACCGUAUCUUUUUGCACGACCUGACUUAGCCAAGAGUCCAUAUGGCACGUUCUAGUGCUUGAUUGAUUUACUUAAGCCACGCAUUUAGCUUGAAACAAGACAUCAUUACUUUGUCUUUUAUUUUUGCUAUGUUAAAUAUGAAUUCGGAGCGACAUUACUCAAGGGGGAAAACUACCUCCUCCCUCGCCGACGGCGGGGUCACGGCAGUCCGACAUGAAAGUACCGAGAGGUCGUGGAUGGACCUGCUGUCUUUUGUGUCGCGGCCUGCCUGGUCACUUAUGCAGAGAUACUUGCCAGUCAACUCGCUGUCUGCAGCCCAGCCACACAGUCAACUGUGGGACACAGAAAGCUUCGAGCAGCAACUGGGGUUUGGACAUAAACUAACGCAACUGGAAGACACACUAUCAAAUCGGCAACCUCAGCUCCUCCACUGCGAACAUUCAGACAACGGGUUCCAUCCAUCAGUCGGGGUUAGAGGAAUGACUUGGUUGACAGCAGAUAGCCUCUCUGAGAUAGGCAUUCAAAAUAUUGCUGAUAAUAGGAUGCCCCAAGUCACAAGUGGAUACCUGUCAUCAGCAAGGAACUUUCUCAGUCAGUUUUUUAUGCUGAACGUUGUCUCAACUCAGGAAGUGAAGCGCUCUCAGAGUAGUUUGCUGGGCUGCGGAGCUGCCAUUGACGGCGCCAACAGCUGUGUGGCAGUUUUGUCCUGGAGCAAAGAAACCGCCGUGGUGGCGGGCACCAGUAUUUCUAGCCCUCACAGCGGCAGCCUUUGUCAUGUAGCUGAGCAAACCACAAUGGCUACUGUUGCCAAGCCAACCGGCCUAUUUGUACAUUGCGAUGAUAGGAGCUCAAAGCACAGCGAAAGCGCUGGACACUGCUGUCACAAAACAGCAUCAGACAAUGGCAGCCUUCACAUGCUCAGGCCAGUGUCGUUGUCAAGUGAGCAGCUUCUACGUGACCAGGCAAAUACUGUUAGCCUUCUUGGGGACAUUAGUGUUGACUGUGCCAGUCGUGAGGUGGUUCUUCUGACCCCAGAACAGGAUAAUGGCUAUUCAAGUUUGGAAGAGGAGCUCUCGAUUUCCAGGCUUCCAAGUAUGAGGAAUGCUGGAGAGGAGCAGUUAGUGACAGACUCUGAGGCAGGCGAGGAGGCACAACACAGUCCUAUAGAGCAGCAGCCAGACCAGGAGAGUGGCACUCCGGUCCCUCAGCCAGAGGAGGCAUGUGCGGAAGCUGAGCAGCAGGAGUGUGACCACGCUGGGUCAGAGCAGGUAGAGGUGUCGGAAGCACAAGAGCAGAGAGAGGUGCCAGAGUUGUCUACGGUGUCCCCGUGUAGCAACAAGGCCAUUGCCUACAUCAUGGGCAGCCCCUGCAGUGAUGACAGCUCGUCAGGGGAAGACUCGGAUGAGGACAGUGAUGACGACGAUGGCUUCAACAGUGAGGGCUCGUCUUGUUUGUCUGACUCGGAUAGCAGUGAAGGCAGUGAGGAAGAUGACGACAACGACGACCAGUCGGACGUUGAAGAAUUUGAUGCAGAGACGGAACGGCUGUGGAAUUCCCUUUGCCAAAAUCGAGACCCUUACAACCCAAGCAACUUCACCGCCUCCAUCAGCACGACCCCAAGGACUGCUCAGCCUCCUCUGGAGACCCCUUCUGCUUCACUCCUGUCCACCUCUCCUCUGUCCACAUCUCCACUCUCCACCUCUCCCCUGUCCACUUCUCCACUCUCCACCUCUCCCCUGUCCACUUCUCCUCUCUCCGGUCUAGACGGCUCCUCUGAAAGUGGGGAGGAGGCGGAUGAGAUUGAGAGCCUGAGGCUGUGGAACUCCUUCAGCUGCUCCUCAGACCCCUACAGCCCCUUUAACUUUCAGGCCACCCUCAGGACCCAUUCACCCCCCACAAGGAGCUCAGGGAAGGCCUGCUCAGUGCCGCGCUACCAGAAGGAGCAGGCAGAAGAGCGCCAGGACAGCGGCUUCGGUGACGAGACGCCUGCACCAUCCACAAGCUCUCUUCCCCGCCGUAAGCUUAGAAAGGUACGGUUCUGUGAAGAGGUGGAGGAAUUCUACACCAGCGGCGACGAGGACCGGCACGGGCCGUGGGAGGAGUACGCCCGGGACCGCUGUCGCUUCCAGCGGCGUGUCCUGGAGGUGGAGGAGAGCAUCUCCUUCUGUCUGGCCCCUUCCUACCGCCGCCAGGUUCUACACAGGCUGCAGCUCAGCUGAGCGGGGCCCCCUCUGGACUCUUUAAGUGUGGACAGACAUGGACUGACGUUAAUGUUAAUGUAUUAACCCCUGAACGCAGUGGUAUAAUUCAGGGUGUUUGAGUGGCAGUGGUAAAGGUGUAAAGGGCUGUAGAGGCACAGCUCAGGGCAGCUCCUCUGUUGGCUCCAGUGCAGAUGUGUUUUUCCUUUCAGUGUCUUUGCUGAAACCCCCACCGCCCACAGCAGCCUUACUACACAGCAGGGUAUGAAACGGCUCAUUGCAGCAUCACUUUAGUCUGGGGUAUCAAUCAUAUCAAUUAAAUAAUUUGUGGUCAAAUGAAGGUAAGAAAUCAGAUUUGCCAAGGUCUAAUUAUUCACCAUCUCCAUAGAAAAAAAGCACUUAAGCAUAAUUGAUUUGUGUAAAGUACAUGUAUUGUGAAUUUUAAAACGCUCCAAGGCAUCUCCUCAUUUUUAUUGACUCCCUCACACUUAUAUUGAAAAAAAAAAAGCCAAAGAGAACACUCUGGCAGAGUUGAAGUGUUAGGGUAAACAACAUCAAUUUGGACCACUCAGCAGUAUUUACAAGUCUGUUCUUUUGAAGCAGCAUGUCUGUAUUUAACUGUGUAGAAGAGUGUAGGCUCAUGGGUAAAAGAAGGGAGCACUGUUGCAUGAUCCCCUCUCCACCUCGGCACCAUUGGAGUAAGUAAUUUUCUGUGGAAUCCACUGUGAGGUAGUGAACCAGUGUUGGGGGCGGGUCGGGGCGUGGUGCAUGGGUUUGGACGCUUGUGGGGAAAUCUUAUAAUAUGCUUGAUGUUUAAAGCAUAUAGUAACCUUGAUUUUUUUUUUUUCAGUCAGAACAACUAAUAUAAUUAAAACAAUUGUUUUAUUUUUGUAAAGUACAAAUUACAUAUAUUUAUGUAAAUAUACAAACAUAUAUCCACAUAUAGGAGUAUUGUGCUGCAUUUGUGUGGGGUUUUGUGACUAAUGAGAUUGGUCCUUGAGUGAUUUGCUUCAAUACAAAUAAAUUAUGAAUGGAA